GCUUCUGCUCAACCUUCAGCAGCAAAGGGGACAGUACAGCAGGUUGACAAGAUGCGGUGCUUAUCUGCUAGUUGUGCGCUCACAGUGGUGCUGCUGGCUAUGGCCUGGGCAGAUGCCCAUCACCACAUUGGUCAUGACCAUCAUGGUCACCCCCCUGGUCAUGACCAUGAUGAUCACCAGCACUACAAAGACCACCAUGGCCAUGAAGUUCAUCCCUGCCACAUCCUGGCUCCUCCCAAUGGCAAAUUUGCUUUUGACCUCUACAAAAACCUGUUGGGAAAAUCUCCUGCUGGAAGUAAUAUCUUCUUCUCACCAUUGGGUGUUGCCACUGCCCUGUCCAUGCUGUCUACAGGUGCCCAUGGUGCAACCCACAGCCAGAUGUUUACCACCUUGGGCUACAACGAGUUCAAUCAGACCCAGAUCAAUGAAGCAUAUCAGCAUCUUCUAAAAUUACUGGGCGAACCCAAUGAGUACCAGCUGGAAUUUGGCAACGGUAUCGCUCUGCGUAAUGAUUUCAGUACCCUCGAAACAUUUGUGAACGAUGUCAAGACUUACUACCAAGGAGAGUUCUUUCAUGUUGACUUUUCCAAACCCACGGAUGCUGCAGCGAAGAUCAACAGCUUCAUUGCCAAUAAAACCCAUGACAUGAUCAAAGACCAAGUCAAAGAUCUAGACAAUGCAAUGGCCAUGGUGUUGAUCAGCUACAUAUACUUCAGUGGACAGUGGGAGAAACCCUUCAACGCCUCAUUUACACAUAAAGACACCUUCCACGUAUCCUCAAGCAAAACCGUGCAAGUGGACAUGAUGAAGAGGACGGGCCGCUACAAGUACUACAACGACAAAGAACACCACCACCAAGCCAUUCUGCUGCCCUACAAAGGCGGCAACUCCUCCAUGAUUGUUGUGUUGCCUGAUGAAGGCAAAAUGGACGAGGUGGAGGGCAUUCUGGACUUAGGACACUUUAGGCACUGGCUUAAAAAACUUAAACAGCGUCUCCAUUCUGUGACACUGGAGCUGCCGAAAUUUUCCAUUUCUGAUGAAGCAUCUCUGAAGGAAACGCUGCAAGAACUUGGAAUCAAAGAUGCUUUUGAAGACAACGCAGAUUUCUCUGGUAUUUCUGACAAAGUCCCCACCAAAGUCUCAAAGGCGACCCAUAAGGCUGUGAUGAGCGUGGAUGAAGUGGGAACCACUGCAGCAGCAGCCACCACGUUAGAGAUGAUGCCGAUGAGCAUGCCGAUUCACAUGGUCGUGAACAGACCCUUCCUGGUCUUCAUCAUGGAGAAGGCCAGCAAGAGCAUCCUGUUCAUGGGCAAGGUUUCUGACCCUACUGCUGCGUAAAGGCUGACAAGAAAUGAUCACGAUCACAACUGACAGCGUGGAAAAUCAAGUGAAAAUCAGAAAU